AGAUUUGUAUAAUAUUUUUUUUUAUUAGAAGUGUCAUGGAUAGGGGCUAACCGGCAAGAUCAUGCAAGAUGAGCCGGCACUGUUAACUGUCACUUUUUAAUGUUUAUUUAUUAUUUACCAUUGAAUCUAAAUUUUGUUUUAUAUUAUAAAUACUUUGAAUACAACAAACAUAUAACAUCAUAAAAAAUCGAUUUAACUUUUAUUAAUUUAUUCCACAAUCAAAAUGUUACAAAUUCCUGAUAAUGUUCGAGAGGAUCUAAUGAGGUUAGUACCAUUAUCAAUAUUUGAGGAAAUCGCUUGUUUCGUGUUCUAUGAUAAUCAUCCAAGAGAUAACAGAAAUAUUGAUGUCAUUAUUUGUACAUAUUCUGGAAAAAUAAAGGAAUAUUUCCAGCGAGAAGAAGUUGGAGAAUCGUAUAUCCCUUCUCAUUUAAAAGCGGAUAAGAUCAUAAUACUUAGAAACAGUGCCUGUAAACUCUUUUAUGUAGUGGCAGCUGAAGAUCAUCUUUUUAUUUUUAAAAGAGACGAUAUUUUUGAUGUUCAUAAAACGGUAAAUGAAAUUAAGAGUUAUACCAUAGAAGAUGUAGCCUGUACAGGUCAACCAUGCUUGAAAGUAAUUUAUAAACGUGAUGCAAGGCCACUUAUCUGUAAUGAUAAAUUUGAUGGUCUUGGUGAACAAUCUUUGUUGCUGUCUGAUAUACAUGUUGAUGAGAAUGUACCCAUUUUAAAUGAUCUGAAACGUAAAUUAAUUGAAACACAAUUUAUUUUGAAAUAUAAGGAGAAUAUACAUCAGGAGUUUAUAAAUUUACGCCAAAUGACAACGUUAAUAGCAUAUCAAAAAAUUAAUCCAAAUUUUGAUGAUUCCGUAUUCAAGAGUGAUAUUAAAGAUAUGGCUGGUGCAUUAAGGAUAAAAACCUCUACACCUUGGGUUAAAAUGUGUAAUAAAAAUAUUGUUAUAAUUUUGGAAAUCAUUAAUGACAAUGAGAAUGCUAUGGAAGAUGUGCAUAUCCUUCUUCAUUCUACAAACAAACCAUCACUAGUUUAUUCCACAAAAUUAUUUCAAAAAACAAAUAUUGAACCAUUUUGGAUAGAGAGUAAAUUGCAGACAGUUGAAUGUAACAAAGAGUAUGCAAUAAUUGCUGUUAUUGAUAUCAAGGAAAUGAAGGAAAAUGUUAUAAGCAGCAUUGAAUUUAGUGGUGUGUUGGUAUACAAGGCAAAUAGACGUGAAUAUAUCUUGCCUUUUGAGCCUGUUAACAUAUCAACUUUACAAACCAUGGGAGAAAAUUUUGAUGUACUAUCUAGUGAUAUAAUAGAUCCAUACACAGUACUAUCUAUUCUGUCAACCACACAAAAAAAUGAUUUAUAUUUACGCCACGUUAAGGUGGCUAAUGUAUCCGAAUUGCAUAUUCCGGACACAUUUUGUAAAUACUUAGGCAUGGAACAAAUUCAAAGUUCACCAAAUAUUGUUAUACAUAGAAAUUCGCCAUAUCAUAUUCUACACAGUGUUAUGAUUGUUUUCCCAUCUGAAAAGAAGUGUCAAUAUGAACAAGUUAAGGAAUUUUCAGUUUACACAAGGACACCUGACCAGAUAAUAUCUCUUAUACAUUUAAUCCAUGAUGCAGUUCCCUACCGAAUGGUUAUAACAACACCGGAUCAUAGAAUAGUUGCAAAACAUGAACAUUUAAAGAAAUAUAAUGAAGAAUUAUCGACAACAAACCCCCAACAAAAGGGCUACGUGGAAUAUGCUAAUGCUAUGUUGAAUCAAACUGAAAUGUUAAUAGAACACCUCAAUGACUGUAUGGUAAAAAUGAACGAAUCUAAAGUGCCAGAAGUACAACAGAAGAUUGGGCAAGAAAUUGAUGUUUUGGCCACGGGACUGUCAAAUUUUCAAAAAUUAAAAACCAAUAUACUUCAAGAAGAGAGCAGAGGCUUAAAAUGUUUAAGGAAUCAUGCAGGCCCCGAUUAAAAAUUUGAGGUUAUGGCUGUUGUUUAAGUAAUAGAGAUUACUAUAAAAUAUCUAUAGUUACAAUGGAAAUUAUUUUGUGUAAUAUUUUUUUAAUAGAUUCCUGUGAUAUUUUUUUUAAUGUCUUAAUGUAGAAAUAAAUAGGAAAUGUCAUAUUAUUGAAACAUUAUAAUACUUACACAUUUAUUUAUUUCAGUUCAUCUUUUUAGAAAUGUACUUAUUUAUUUCUUGAUAAUGAUGGUAAAACUAAACUGUUUUAGUACAUAAUAUAAUUACUAAAACAGUGGCGAUUGUAUUCAGUUUGGUCUACCACUGUUAGAAAUGAAUCGACCGUAUCAAAGCAAAUAGCCUAAGUUUUCUUUAAUGAAUACAUCCCAAGAUAUACCAUUCAUAUAUAAGUAGUUCAUAUAUGUUUAAUGAUAAUGCUCUUAUCUCGAUUAUCAAUAAUGUGAUUUUGCGAAUAUGACUGUAUAAAUUAUAAUUAAAAAUUCUUAAUUCGAUUUUAUACAUAUUUAAUUGGUAAGAAUUAUUUAAUAAAUAUUUAGAAUUAUAAGAGAAACAUUAGGGUCGAUUCUGAGUUAUCUCUAAAAUUGAAAUUUUAAUUUGAUAUUAUAACGAAAUCUUUAUUGUAAGUUGUACCCAUAUAAACACAUUUUUUGAUAAUUUAAUGAUCCGUAAAACAGUAAUUUCGCGAACUUAUUAAGUUAAAAUAUUGAUUAGGAAAUAGUUUUGGAAAAAUGGCUCCUCAGAAUCGGCUCCAUUGUUUACUUAUUUGUCUUUAAUAUUUGAUAUUAUGUAAUAUGUAGUGUAAAGUAUUAACUAUAAUAAUAAAAAUCAUAUUGCUGUUA